AUGCUGAGCAGGUUGUGGGAAAGAAAAUCUAAAGUUCUCAAAGCCAAGGGCUCUAGCGAUGAGCCACCAAAGGAAUUGGAGGCUAGGCCCGUCGAGAACACUGAUCCACCACCAAAGGAAUUGGAGGCCAAGAACACUGAUCCACCACCGAAGCAAUUGGAGGUCAAAAACACUAAUCCACCGCCAAAGGAAUGGGAGGAUAGGCUCGUCAAAAGCACUGAUCUUACAGUGUCACUGGAUAGCUUUCCUUACUACCUUGAGGUCGGAGAUCUAUCAAGAGACUCUGGCCAUGGCUGUGGCCAAGGAUCUCAAUGCUUCAAGAACAAGGCUGAUGAUGAUGACGGGCAAGAAAACGAUGAAAUCGAUGAAGCGUUUGUAAAGUCGAAGGUUUUAGAGAGGUGCACACGGCUGGUGGUGUACUUUCCUGAUCCGGAAGACUGGUUUCGGAGAGCUGUGGCAAUAACACAGAGGAAAGAGUUCCUUGAGAAACUGCAGGAUAAGCUAGACAUGCUCUCGGGUGGUAUAGUACUCAUUGCAUCGAGGAUUAACGUUCAGAACAAGUGCACCCGAAGCCCGGGGCACACAGGUUAUUACCUUGAAGACAUUUACAGCUUAUUCGAGAACAAGGUGAAGAUUGUUCCACCAAAGAUAGCGUACGACGAGUACGAAAAAAUGCUUUUGCCGUGUGUGAUUGCUGCUGGCGAGACUGGAGUGUCGUUCAGAAAUGUUGGCGGCUUGAAAAAAGUAAAAGCCACACUGCAAGAGCUUGUGAUCCUUCCUUUGACAAGGCCAAAGCUAUUUAGCAAAGGAAAUUUACUCAAGUGGUACGGUGAGGCCGAAAAGUUGGCCAAGGCAGUCUUCACACUGGCAGAGAAGCUCGCACCCACGAUUAUCUUUGUGGAUGAAGUGGACAGCAUUUUAGGAGCAAGAGGCGAGCUAAAUGAGGAUGUAACCUCUCGCAGCGUCAAGAACGAGUUUAUGACAGCGUGGGAUGGCCUUCGCACCAAAGAUGACAAGAGAGUUAUGGUUUUGGCAGCCACGAAUAGGCCAUUUGAUCUUGACGAAGCUGUCAUUCGGCGUCUCCCCAGAAGGAUCUUGAUCAGUCUCCCGAAGGGGUCAAGCCGAGUGGAAAUCCUCAAGGUUUUGUUGGAAGGCGAGAAGCUGGACAAGAAGUUUGAUUUGGAGGAGCUGGGCCGUUUAACAACUGGAUACUCAGGAAGUGACUUAAAGAACCUAUGUACUGCAGCUGCUUACGUGCCAGUGAGGGAGCUUCUGGCUAAGGAAGCUGAGGUUUGCCGCACGGCACGCUUUGUUAAUACUCAACUGGAGGCCUGGAACCAGCAAUAUGGUGAAGUUAAGGAGAAAGACAUGGAGAUCGUCAAUGGCGUCUACCAGAAACAAAACUGGUUUGGUAUAGCAGUGAAAACACCGGAGAUAAGCAAGAAUGUCAAGGAAGAGCUCUGCAAAAUUUGUGGUUUCAUUACUUUCAUUGCAUUCAGAACGUCUGAGAAGGACAAUCGUCAGCAGGGCAGGAGAGGUCACAGCGCGACUACGGCAGCCACGAUAGCGACCAGGGCAUGGAAGGCGGCGAGGGUGGGCACAGCACAAAUGGGAUUUAGGCGGGAGGCUCAAGCUUCAGCAGCGGCAGCACAACUGGUAGUGGCAGCACCACCAAGCAACGGCACCAAGCAGUAG